UCUAUGCUCCACGCGGUUUUCAAAAACCGACAUUUUUCCUUGCUUUCUCGCCCUAUAUAUCUACAUACACACGCAUUUGUAAAGAUAUUCAAAGAUCAAAAUCAUUCUUGAUCCAACAAAGAAAACAUUUUCAAACACACAUACAAUUCUUGCCUAUAGAUCAAAGUUGUUACAUUAACAGUUGAAGAUGAGCCAGUACAACAACCAAUCUGCAGGAGCUAAUUCUCCACCACCGAUGUCAACCGGUCCCGCACCGCCGCCGCCGAUGGGUUACCCGACGAACGACCCGAGUCAUGGUUCGGCGGCUCCUGUUAAAGUGGAGACCAGUUCUAAGGGUGACGGAUUCUUUAAAGGAUGUCUUGCGGCCAUGUGCUGCUGUUGUGCCCUGGACAUCUGCUUCUAAGGAGAUACAAUAACAUUGGAAUGGUUUUAUCUACGAAGAGUUGUGUGAAUGUCAUGUGAAUUAUUAUUCUCUCUAGCCUUAUUGUAAAAAGAAACAUUCUGUUAUUGUUUUAUUGGAUUUCCUGUAAGACUUGUGUUUUUCCAUUCGAACAUAUUAUGUCUUUACUCUAUAUGAAUUUAUGGUACUUUUAGUUCAUUUCUA